UUGACGUCUGACAAUGACUUAUUUAAAGCAGCAACAUGAAGUCAUAGCACAAAAAAAGUAACAAUAAACAGGAUAACAUUAAAGUAUAGACUAAGUGCCGCAGAAUUAAUUUAAUAGUGAAUAUUAUUGUAAUUCCUUUAUUUUUGUUAGCUAGAAAUUCUUUGCAUAAACCUUUUUAUUUCGGUGGACGUGUAUUAACGUACAUGGGUCGUUGUUAUUUUUGAUAAACAAGGUGAAGUCCCUUUUUCUUUAUAAUAUGGUGGAGUAGAAAAAUUAUUUAUAUUUACAAUUCAAAUAUUCCGCAAACUAAUUGUUUGACAAUGUUGCGUUCUGAUGCCCAAACAGAAAAUGAUAACAAUAACAUAUUUCGUAGUAUUAACAAUCUACGUGUCGACAUAAUUUUGGAAAUACAAAAAGAUAUUGAUCCUUAUGAUAUGGUUUCUUUGGUGUUUUUAUUGUACGAAACCCCAGACACGGCUCUUCAGCGAUUAAUUGUUUAUCAGAGGCUAUCUAACGAUGAAGCACGCCAUAGUGUAAACUUGCUCUAUGACUGGGCACUUCAUGCACAAUCACGCCAAACAUGGAAGUAUGAAUUUCUGGAAGCUUUAACUAUUUGUAGAUUAUACAAUAUUAUAAGAAAACUUGGAUUUGAUGUCUCGCAAAUUAGGAAACACUACUUACCGGACAACCUCAAUGUUAGCAUUUAUACAGAUCCCAUGAAGAAAGUUCUGUAUAAACUUUGUGAAAGUUUAAAUUCUGAAAUAUUUUCUAGAUUGCAAAAGACACUUAUAUCAUACAAUUAUAAUGUAGCUGAAUAUAGAACAUGUGAAUUAGUUUUACUGGAACUAAUAUCAAAAAGGUUUAUUAAAUUGGGAUAUUAUGAUAAAGACAAAAAAUCUUACACCAAUACCUAUGAUAUUGAAGAGCUUGCGAAAAUUAUUGAAAAAUUUUCAACGGUCAGUAUAUUAGCAUCAGUCUUAAGGGAAAUACAAGAGCAAAUAAAUUCACCAAACUUAAAAAAUAAACCUCAGAACUUUACUAGUAUAGAAACAUACAACAUUCCUGGACCAUCAAAAAUCAAAGAAGACAAAUAUCAAGAGGGCUUUGAUGAGAUAUUUGAGCUGAUGAACCAAUGUCACAAUGACGAAAAUGAACCUGGGGCUAAUUUCAAAUCUGACACAAUGCUAUUAAAAGAUGCAUAUGUUAUAAAAAAUAGAAAAAGAAUCGGUGUGUGUUGCAUAAUAAACCAAGACAAGUUUUAUCCUUCGAAACAAAGCCUACAAAACAAUGAACACAUUGAUUUAGAAGACCGUUUGGGUUCUAGGUUGGAUCUUAUGGCUUUAGAGAGAACUAUGACGUCAUUGAAUUUCAAAGUAAAAAGUAAAUCUAACUUAAAUCAUGAAGAAGUUUUUCAAUUUAUAAAAGAUGUCUUGAAAUAUCAUGUCACAGCUGAAGAUAGCGUUUUUAUGCUGUGUAUACUUUCUCAUGGUGUAAGAGACCAUGUUUAUGCAGCAGACUCGGUAAGGGUGAAAAUAGAUGAUAUACAAAAUCUAUUAGACUCUGAACAUGCCCAUCAUCUCCGUGGUAUUCCAAAAGUACUCAUCCUUCAAGCUUGUCAAGUAGAAACCGAGUCGGAGGUGAAAAAUAAAAUUGUUGCAGACAGUCCACCUUUAAACGAUUUCUAUUUAAAAAAAUCUCAUUUCUUGGUCUAUUGGGCUACUGCUCCUGAAUAUGAAGCGUUCAGAAUAGAAGAUAAAGGAUCAAUAUUUAUCCAAUGUAUCUGUGCACUUAUAAAGAAAAGAGCCAAAUAUGAACAUCUGAUCGACAUUUUUACUAAGGUGACCUAUAAUGUUACAGCUUUAUGCACUAAACUACACAAACCUCAAGUACCACUAUCUAAAUCUACUUUGACAAAAAAAUUGUACUUGAGUAUUCCGGAAUAAAAAUUAUAAGGCACUUAAAAAUAUAUCACAAUACAUGCUUUGGUUUUAAAAAUUGUUACAAUUCUUUAUAAUAAGAGUAAUUUAUGUUAUUAAGUAUGAUUAUAAUUUUUGUAUAGACAUAUAAUAGUAUAUAUUAUGUAGAUAGCAACAUUUAAGAAGAGUUUUAUAAUAAAAAUGUAAGGAGUUCUUAUAUUUUCUAAUUCUCUAGAAAUGGACCUAUGUUUUUUGUUCAGAAUGUAAUUAUUAUUAAUGUUUUAAUGAUUCUUUUUUUCAAACUUGGAAUUAAGAUUAAGGUUUUUUUUAAAUUCAAGUAACCCUAUAAUGGUAAAAAGGUUUAUAAAAAUAAGACUUUAAAUCAUUUUUAUAACUCAAUAAUAAUACUUGAGUAACUUAUUAUGUAUUUAUUAUCUUAAUAAAAGUUUUAUGUAAGAUUC